AGUGCUUGCUAUGGCUUUAGCAGAGGGGGCGUGUUGACACCAGCUAGCCAGGCUCAGGAGGUGUGAAGCUGAGUAGUGAUGGAUGAAUGUGAUGCUCCAACAUCCCCUGAGAUAGCUCUCAAGGAAAUGGAAGCACUAGAAGCAAUCAAAGAAGAUAUUUGCCAAUGGCUAACAAGAAUCAUGCAUAUUGCAAUAACACCAAGCUCCUUCAUGGAUCACCUUGACAAUGGAGUGGUGCUCUGCCAGUUGGCAAGGCUGACCCAAGAAGCAGCUAACAAAAGUCAAGAGCUACCAGCUAGUGUACCUAUCAAGUGCAACGAUAAAGCUGUAUCUGGUUCAUUUCAAGCAAGAGACAAUGCAUCAAACUUUAUUAGCUGGUGUCGUGAUUUUGGAGUGGAGGAGGCGGUUGUGUUUGAGUCAAAUGGGCUAGUGGAUCACAGUGAUGAGAAGAGAGUAGUACUGUGCCUACUGGACGUGGCCAGGUUUGCUGAUCGUGUCGGCAUCUCACCACCAGAGCUGGUGAGAAUGGAGAGAGAGAUCGAGGAACUUGACUCUGCAAGCCCUCUACUGACUAGCAAUGGUGAUCAGAGACAAGGACAUUUAAAGCAGUCGCAACUUUCAAGGAAGGUGCUGGCCAUGCUGAGUGAUUGCAAGUGUCCUCCCCUGCAAGGUAUGGUGGUGAGGGAUUGCGGUAGUGGCAAGUUUAUUGUCAGUGGAGGUCGGAUCAGAGCACACAAGACCCUCUAUGCUAGAUUGCUUAGUGAUCGUAUCAUGGUGCGUGUGGGGGGAGGCUGGGACACACUGGACCACUUCCUACUAGUACACGAUCCAUGCAGAAUCAAACAGUUUAUUCUAUUGAAAAAAGGACCCAACGAUGAACUUGUGAAAGCUCACAUGAAAAUGCAAUGAAUCCGAACUAUAUUAAUGUGUUUAUAUUUAUUUUUUCUUUACUACGUGUAUAUACAUAUCAGUAAUUUUUUGAGAAGUAACAAUUGUCGU